AUUGGUGAAUUAUGGUUUUUCUGUUAACUUCUGAUUGUUUUGUCUCCGAUAUGGUCAUGUUAUUCGUGUGCCCGUUAGUGGAAGGUUUAUAAACGCUAGCACAUGUCGACAUGUUAUUGAUAGAACUGGUUCGUUCAAGUGACCCUGCUAGUGGGGGUUAUACACUAGCAAAUAGUGUAUCUGCCAGUGGGAGGUUUAUAACACUGGUCGUGACCUAUAGAGGAGACGUCUAUUUUGUUUUCGCACUGUAUCCAUUUUUCUAAUUAUACUUAUUGGCAUGCUAUAAGUUUAAUUAAGGGCUAUCCAUAUUUACUUACUGAGUUUAUCUUUUCCUUGUCCACCAUUUUAGGAAGCGAAGUCAAGGACAGGAAAAACGAGGGGAGUGGCGAGUUAGAAGGCUAGCCAUCUUGUAAAUUGAGCAUAGAUUUAGAUAUAAAUCAUGAUCUUGUAAACUAGACUUUAUUUGGAGAUUUUAUGAUAUCAGAGAAAUUUUAAAUUUUAUCUUCAGAUUUUGUGGUAUCAGAUUGUGGGUUUUGUCAAACCCCCUAUUUUUAGUAAAGUUUUAACCGAUUUCUCCCCUUUUUCAGCUACCGUUCAAGACCUCAUCCAACUAGAUGGUCCCACAUUUCAGAAGCCUUGCACAAGAGACAACCCAAAAGCACGCUCGUCUCUUGCUUUACUUGCAAGAAAACCAGAAGCUGUAGGAAAGAAGGCUAAGUGCUUGUUUGGUGUAGCUAGAGCUUUUAAUAGAAGUCUUAUUGGAAAGAAAUUAUUGUAGAAAUGUUGUUUUGUAAAUAAAAAGAAAAAUGCAGAUAAAAUAAGAAUAAUGUGCUAAUUUUAUUAAAAUCCAAAUGAGAAG